UGUCAAAUGGAUUCAGUUCAAUCCUAAAUAUCUUACAGAGUAGAUCACCUCUACUUGUAACAAAAUGCUCACUAAUUUUGAAAUUACUCUAUUAGUUACUAUAACCGCAGUGCAUUGUGCUACUAGUAACAACUUGCCUUCAUAUUUCAAAGUAUGCCGUCGCAGUGAUCCUAACCUGGAAAAAUGUUUCAAAAAUUCGGCAAACGAGCUGAAGCCGCUUCUUGUGAAGGGGAUUCCGGAAUUAAGUAUACCCAGCUGUGAACCACUCCUCAUUCCAGAAGUCGUUAUAGAUCAGGGUACCGGAGCUGUAUCUUUGAAGUCCGUUUACAAGGAUAUUAAAGUUUAUGGACCCACGCAGUUUAUGAUUAAGCAAGUCGUGGUGGACUUUGAUAAGGACCGAAUGAAAAUAAAGAUAUUUUUACCACACUUACGCGUUGAAUGCAAGUAUCUGAUAGAUGGUAGAAUCCUUAUGAUGCCCAUUUCUGGAAACGGAAUGAGUAACGCAAAUUACUCUGAUAUUGACGCUACAGCGAUAGUGAGAGCAGAGAGAGUAAAGAAAGAUGGUGACAUCUACUAUAACAUUAAGGACUUCUUUGUCGACUUCACUAUUGGACACGCUAGUAUCCAGCUAGAUGAUCUCUUUAAUGGAGAUGAAGAUUUAGGUAGAGCGAUGAAUUCCUUCUUGAACGAAAAUUGGAAACAAGUUGCCAACGAAGUGAAACCUGUGCUGGAAGAUAACCUAGCCAUAAUAUUUAAGAAAUUCGCAAACAAGAUCUUUCACAAGUAUCCUAUAAAAGUGUUACUUCCUCCAUAAACUUAUGCCUGUAUGAAGUUUUUUAUACAUUUUUAUAAUAUAAUAAAUAUAUGUUUAUAGCUU